AUGGCUGAAGGACAGGACGCUCCUAAGAAAAUUUGUAUCACCGUUAAAACACCCCAAGAAAAACGAACUAUUGAGUGUUUUGAAAAUGCUUCAAUAAAAGAUUUUAAAGAAGACGUUGCUAAAAAUUUUAAUGUCGAACCGGAUCAAAUAUGUUUAAUUUUUGCUGGUAAAAUUAUGAAGGAUCAUGAAACUUUAAGCACUCAUAACAUAAAAGAUGGACUCACUGUACAUUUAGUAAUAAAAGCUAGAUCUCGUACUCCUGAAGUGAACAGCACUCCUAGACCUCCAGCUGAUGUUAAUGCAACACCAUUUGGUUUGGGUAUUUUGGGUGGUUUACCUGGCUUAGAUAAUAUAGGAAUGGGAUGCGCUAAUAUUAUGGAGCUUCAACAAAGAAUGCAAAGGCAGUUAAGGUCAAAUCCUGAUGCAUUGAGGCAAAUUAUGGAUAAUCCAAUGAUUCAAAAUCUUAUGAAUAAUCCUGAAAUAAUGAGACGUUUAAUUACUUCCAAUAGACAAAUGGAAGAAUUAAUGGAGAGAAAUCCAGAACUAAAUCGUAUGUUUAACGAUACAGAACUUCUUCAUCAAGCUGUCGAUCUUGUUAGAAAUCCAGCCAUGCUUCAAGAGUUAAUGAGAACCAAUGAUAGAGCUAUAUCCAAUCUUGAAUCCAUUCCAGGGGGCUACAAUGCUCUCACUCGCAUGUAUAGAGAAAUUGAGGAGCCUAUGAUGAAUGCAGCACUUAGCCAAUUUUCUACGAAUCCUUAUUCAACCGGAAACACUGGAAAUUCAGAUGGAAACAAUCCACAGCAAGGUACUGAAAAUAGGGCCCCUCUCCCCAAUCCUUGGGGUGGUAAUACGACAACAGAAAGUACUGGCGAACAGAGAACUACAACAUCUCCCCGAACCGGUCUCUUUAACCCACCCGAAAUGCAAAGCAUGUUACAACAGAUGAUUGAAAAUCCCCAAUUAAUGCAAAACAUGUUAUCUGCUCCAUACACGCAAUCCGUACUUCAAGCACUUGCUGCGGAUCCGGAUGUUGCCCAACAAGUUUUGUUCGCAAAUCCUUUAUUUUCGGGAAAUCCACAAAUGCAGGAACAAAUGAGAUUGAUGUUGCCACAUUUUUUACAGCAACUUCAAAAUCCCGAAACUCAAAAUAUGAUGUCAAAUCCCCAGGCCUUGAACGCGUUAUUACAAAUUCAACAAGGUUUUGAGCAAUUAAGAACAUCUGUUCCUGGUCUUGUUAAUAACGGAAAUACAAGAAAUUCCAACGGAAAUAAUAUUUUGUCUUCUACGACAAGUGCAACGACUACAACAACAACAUCCACAACAACAAGUUCUAAUUCGGGAGACAUGUUUUCUCAAUUCAUGGCUCGAAUGAUUGCUAGCAUGGCCCAGCAAAGCGGUAACGCUAAUCUACCACCAGAAGAAAGAUAUAGGACACAACUUGAACAAUUGUCAACUAUGGGAUUUUUAAAUAGGGAAGCUAAUCUUCAAGCUUUAAUAGCAACAUUCGGUGAUAUAAAUGCAGCAGUGGAAAGACUCCUGGGUACAGGACAGUUACCUCAAAGUUUUUCAUCCUGA